AUGCAGGUAGCUGUGAAAGGAUUCUCCUUCUACAGAAGAAAGUUCUCCAUGUCAUCACGUCAUAGCAUUACUGGAGCACUGCCGGCCAAUCUUCAAACGUGUGAAAAUACUGACAGUGUACAAUUGCACAAUCACAAUGAAUUUUGCAAAGGACCAACAGUUUUUGCAAAGGACAACGGUAAUUUUGUGAUUUUAUCCAGGAAAUAUAGGAACUGUGGUGAUGAAAUUUUCCAACACAAAAGAAAAAGACGUAGAAGCAGUACGGUAAUCAAAUACUGGCUGAAGUCUCCAAAAACUCAGUUUACCAGCAAAGAGAAAUCUAAGUACCAAAUGUUCAAACACCAGAUCCUGGAGGAAAAUCUGAAUGCUACAAAAAUUGAGAUUGAAUUGAGGAGCGAGGUCUCUGCCGUGUGAAACUGGCCUUAGGGACAGACAGCAUUCUUGGAUAGGACAUAUUAUAAGACACAGCGAAUUCACGCUAACAAUACUGGAAGGUGCAAUCAGUGGACAAAGGGCUCGUGGAAGACCCCGGCUACAAUAUUUGAAGCAGACAACCCGGAUCUUGGGGUCCAGAGCUAUACCCAACUAAAACAACUGGCUCUGGACAGACAAAGAUGGAAAGCUGUCAACCAAUCGGACGAUUGAAGCAGAAGAAGAAGACAC